GGCGGGCGCGUUGGGCGGCGCGGGGCCAGAGCCGCCGGAGGCCGCGGGCCGGGCGCACGUCGAGGGCUGCGGGCCGGGAUCCAGUGGAGCUGUCGGGAGGGCACAGCUACAGGGCUUGCAAGGAUGCUGGCUGUACCAGAGAUGGGCCUGCAGGGGCUGUACAUUGGUUCCAGCCCAGAGCGGUCCCCGGUGCCCAGCCCACCCGGCUCCCCAAGGACCCAGGAAAGCUGUGGCAUUGCCCCACUCACACCUUCACAGUCUCCAAAGCCAGAGACCCGAGUCCCCCAGCAGGCUCCUUUCUCCGUGGUAGUGGCCAUCGACUUUGGUACCACAUCCAGUGGCUAUGCCUUCAGCUUUGCCAGUGAUCCUGAGGCCAUCCACAUGAUGAGGAAAUGGGAGGGCGGGGACCCCGGUGUGGCCCAUCAGAAGACCCCUACCUGCCUGCUGCUGACCCCAGAGGGCGCAUUUCACAGUUUUGGCUAUACCGCCCGUGAUUACUACCAUGACCUGGACCCUGAAGAGGCGCGGGACUGGCUCUACUUUGAGAAGUUCAAGAUGAAGAUCCACAGCACCACUGAUCUCACCUUGAAGACCCAGCUAGAGGCGGUAAAUGGAAAGAAGAUGCCGGCCCUGGAGGUGUUCGCCCAUGCCCUCCGCUUCUUCAAGGAGCACGCUCUUCAGGAACUGAGAGAGCAGUGCCCAUCACUGCCAGAGAAAGACACUGUGCGCUGGGUGUUGACGGUGCCUGCCAUCUGGAAACAGCCUGCCAAGCAGUUCAUGAGGGAGGCUGCCUACCUGGCUGGCCUGGUGUCUCGAGAGGAUGCAGAACAACUUCUCAUUGCCUUGGAACCUGAGGCUGCCUCUGUCUACUGCCGCAAGCUGCGCCUGCAUCAGCUCAUGGACCUGAGUAGCCGGACCCAGAGCGGUGGGCGCUUGGGUGAGCGCCGCUCCAUUGACUCCAGCUUCCGGCAGGCCCGUGAACAGCUUCGAAGGUCCCGCCACAGCCGCACGUUCCUGGUGGAGUCAGGCGUGGGAGAACUGUGGGCAGAGUUGCAAGCAGGAGACCGCUACAUGGUGGCAGACUGCGGGGGAGGCACUGUGGACCUGACGGUGCACCAGCUGGAGCAGCCGCACGGCACCCUCAAGGAGCUCUACAAGGCAUCCGGCGGCCCUUUUGGCGCGGUGGGCGUGGAUUUGGCCUUUGAGCAGCUGCUCUGUCGAAUUUUCGGCGAGGACUUCAUCGCCACUUUCAAAAGGCAACGCCCAGCAGCCUGGGUGGAUCUGACCAUCGCGUUCGAGGCCCGAAAACGCACUGCGGCCCCGCACCGUGCGGGGGCACUCAACAUCUCGCUGCCCUUCUCCUUCAUUGACUUCUACCGCAAGCAGCGAGGCCAUAACGUGGAGACUGCCCUGCGCAGGAGCAGUGUGAACUUCGUGAAGUGGUCCUCACAGGGGAUGCUCCGGAUGUCUUGUGAAGCCAUGAACGAGCUCUUUCAGCCCACAGUCAAUGGGAUCAUCCAACACAUAGAGGCGCUGCUGUCGCGUCCUGAGGUGCAGGGCGUGAAGCUGCUGUUCCUGGUGGGCGGCUUCGCGGAGUCGGCCGUGCUGCAGCACGCCGUCCAGGCGGUGCUGGGCGCCCGCGGUCUGCGUGUUGUGGUCCCGCACGACGUGGGCCUCACCAUCCUCAAGGGCGCGGUGCUCUUCGGCCAGGCCCCAGGCGUGGUACGGGUGCGCCGCUCGCCUCUCACCUACGGCGUGGGCGUGCUCAAUCGAUUUGUGGCUGGGCGCCACCCGCCCGACAAGCUGCUGGUUCGCGACGGCCGCCGCUGGUGCACUGACGUCUUCGAGCGCUUCGUGGCCGCCGAGCAGUCAGUGGCCCUGGGCGAGGAGGUGCGGCGCAGCUACUGCCCGGCACGCCCCGGCCAGCGGCGCGUGCUCAUCAACCUGUACUGCUGCGCCGCCGAGGACGCGCGCUUCAUCACAGACCCGGGAGUGCGCAAGUGCGGCGCGCUCAGCCUGGAACUCGAGCCAGCCGACGGCGGCUCGGACAGCUCCGGCGCGCCCCCCGGCCGCCGCGAAAUCCGCGCCGCCAUGCAGUUUGGGGACACCGAGAUUAAGGUCACCGCCGUCGACGUCAGCACCAAUCGCUCUGUGCGUGCCGCUAUCGACUUUCUUUCCAAUUGAGGGCGCGCCUGCGCAGUGCCAGCCCCUUCUGACCCGCCCCGCCUUCUUUCGGUCCUGGGGUUUGGGGAGCCAGGUGAGG